AGAGAUAAAGCUGAGAGUGUUUGUUUGUAGAAAAAGGGCGAGAAAAAAUAAUGUUAAAAGCGCUACAGCGUCUUCCAGUGAACGUGUAAAAUGUGUAAAAUUUUGAAAACCGACCGCAGCUACAACCGAGCUUACGUGCAUUGGGCUGGAAGUAUGAUGGAGCGCCGCUUUUUUGUCAUACAUAUCGUCACGCUGGGUGUGCCGCUUUAUGGCCACAUUUGUCGCGCUCAGUUGUGUUUCGACUUUGUUGGCUUAAACGCGUAAAAGUUUGUGGCGAGAGAAAAACACAUUUCUGUGCGGCGUGUAUUGGCGGUGUGCGCGUACGCGACUUAACGUCUAUUACUUUUGAAUAUAGUUUUAUUUAAUUUUCUCGCUUUCUAUGCAUUUUCUGCGCUAGCGAAUCUAUCUUUAUUUUUUUUUUUUUAUUAACUACAAUUUUUGCAUUUUUCUAUUGGCGACUGUUGGAGGAAAUCACUUUAAGCCAUAACACGAGCUUAUGAGCUGACAAACUCUACAAGUAAUGGGAAAAUGAAAAAACAAUAACAAAAACUGUGUAAAAAUUAAUUAUCUCUGGAACGCGUAUCUUCAUACACAACCCCGAUAAAAGUAAAAAAAAUCUUUGAAAGCGAAGCAGAAAGCGGAAAAAUACAAAUAUUUAAUAAAUAUUUCAGAUAAAACAAAAGUGAAUGGGAAAAGAAAUAACACAGUUAGAUAACUUUAGGAAGUCUCUCCACACACACUGCGCUCCAGUAGCUUUUCUCUAUACAAAAAACACUUAAAUAUUUGGAAAAAAAAUUAGCAUAAUUAAAAUAAACAUUUAAAUAACAAAAAAAGAAACAACAAACUGUUUGAAAAAACCAUAACAUCAAAAACAACAACAACAAACCACAACAUAUCAUGGCCGCCAACGGCGAACAACCCACCACAGCUCAUGUCUCACAUCCCCUGCAAGAUAUUGACUUGGAUGUGACAGACGAUGCUGCAGCUGGCAAACAAAAUUGGGUUAAAUUCGAUGAUGAUGAGGCAGCCAAUAAAGCCACCACCACCAACAACAACAACAACAACAACAACAACACAAACAAUAACAACAACAACAACAACACAAACAAUAUACACACGCACGCUGACAUAGAUAAUAAUGCCACACGCAUUAGCCCUAUCACUGUCACUACUAAUAGUAGUAGUAGUACUACUAGCAGCCGAGACGUGCUGGCAGCCGAUACAGCAAUUCUGCCAACUCCGGCUAACCGGUUAUCCCCCGCCACGUUGCUACCAGCGCCACCGAGUAGAAAGCAAUCAUCUGUCGCCACAGCGUCAAUACCAAUAACAACCGCAACUACAGCGGCAAUAGCACGACCGCGCUCACCGCUUAACGGCGCAGAGAGCGGCAGCGGCGCCGAAGUGAUCGCGUCAGCGCCAGCACCUGUUCAGCGUACAACAAUAACAACAAAGCCGAUUUCCGCCACUACACCAACAGCACCUAUGCCGGCGGAUGUAGCACCCGCUGUUUUAAACACCGAGAGUACGCAUGUCAAUUUGAAUGCAUCCGGUCGUUCGCAGGCGAAGCUUCAACAGCAGCAACAACAACACCACACACACGCCACAACACAGCCAAGUGGGCCACUGCAGCAACAUCAGCAGCAGCAACAGCAACAACUACAUCAGCAAAAAUCCAAAUUGUCACCGUCCAAUGUUGGUGCUGGUGCUGGUGGUGGUGUUGGUGUCGUCGCAGGUCUACAGCAGCACCAGCAACAGCAACAUUAUCAAAAUAACAAUGGCACAUCGCCAUCGAAUGGCAGCAGCCAUAGAGCUCCGUCAACAGCAACAGCGACAACAACAACAACAUUAACGGCAACAUCAAGUGUUUCAAUACCCGUGGAAACGGUGCCACCGAUGCGUACCAUUGAACUGUCGACGGGUCGCAUACGUGAAGGCUUCGCAAACGGCGAUGUCAUCGUUACAUUAUUACCUGCCAACACCAAAUGGCCUUGGAUUACACCAGCAAUAUUCCGUCCAGAGCUGGUACCCGAGGAGUUAAUGGCGCAGGGUCUAACUCUGACGGUCGAGGAGUAUGUGAACGCCAUGGAAACACUGGUCAACGAUUACCGUUUCACCGUCUACAACAUUUGCUACAAACGCAUACUCGUCUGUUGGAUUGCGCUGGCCUUCACGGUACUACUCACGCUACUCUUCUCCGGCCUACAAGGCGUAGCGCUCUUCUCACUCGGCGUCGGUUGGCUCUUCCUUAAUGCCGCGGCCAUUUUUCUUUGUAUGUGGGUAAAAUUGCGUUUGUCACGCGGUCUGGAGAAAUGUCUGGCACGCGUCAAUCGGCAAUUGAUGAAGCAUAAAAUUCUACUCAUACUCGACGAUCGCGGACGUAUUUCAUGCCACAAAGUGAAUUUAUGCUUUUUAUAUUUCGAUGCAACGCAAUGUGUGAAUUUCCUAAAUGAAUUUCUCGAACACACCGAACAAAGCGGCGGUGAGGCCAUCAAGGCGGGCUGGGAGCGUAAGCUAGAUAUUGAUGUGAAUGACAUUGUAAUACAAGGCAAUAAUCCGGUGCGCUUGUCGCGCAAGCAGGUUGUAGCACAAGAGCUCUUCCUUAGCUACUUGCAACGUUGGGGCAAGGAUUUCCUACGUCGCCGCUUGGAUUGGACCGUACAGGAGGCGGGCGUACACGAGACACCGCGCCACUUACAAUCGUCCAUAUGUCCGUGUCAAUAUGAAGAGGAGCUGUUGCGUAAUAAAAUUAAAAUACAAUUGAAGGGCAAACAAUGUUGUGGCGUUAAUUGUAUCGGUUGUUGGCUGUAGGCGUAAAUGGAAAUGUUGACAUACAUACGUGUAUAUGCGAGUAUAUAAGCAAAAUAUGGAAAAUAUGAAAUAUUUUACUACAUAAAUAUAA